AAACGGAGAUAGCUAGGUGGUCUAUACUGUUUGUUUACAGUUGAAACUUGAUUUGUGUGCUGUUAUGCCACCAGUCAUAAUCACAAUCUCUAAUACCGAGACCAGCAGUUGACAGAUUUGACUCACUAACUGUUAAAUUAGCUCAAUUCCGUUUCCGGUCGGUGGUUACCAGUGCAGUUCGGAGGAGUUUGUGUCCCAUUGACGAAAACACAUCCUUGAAGUAUGGCUGGGAGAAGAGCUGCACUCAAGGCCAUUGACUGGGUGGCUUUUGCAGAGAGGGUCCCACCCAACCAGAGGACCAUGUUCAACAACCUGAAGACACGGAGCGAUGCUAUUUCUGCAAAGCUCGCCUCUCUGCCGGAGAAACCUGCCGCCAUUGACUGGAGCUACUACAGGUCAGCUGUGGCGAAAGCCGGCAUGGUGGAUGAGUUUGAGAAGAAGUUCAGCACCCUGAAGGUCCCUGAGCCUGUAGACACUCAGACAGCACUGAUCAACUCUCAGGAGGCAGAAGCGAGCACAACAGCUGCUGCCUACAUGAAAGCAUCCAAAGCUCGUGUCACCCAGUAUGAACAAGAGCUGGACAAAUUCAAGAACAUGAUUCCCUUUGAUCAGAUGACCAUCGAAGACUUGAAUGAGACUUUCCCGGAAACAAAGCUGGACAAAGUGAAACAUCCUUACUGGCCACACAAACCCAUUGCUGAACUGUAAAUGCACCAGUGUCAAUUCUAUAACGUGUAUCUUCCAUUGAGGAAACCCUGUACAGUAAAUGUAUAAAAGUCCUGUUUGCUCAUUCAGGAGUUAUUACUGAAAUGUUUUUUUCCACUGUCUGUAAGAGCUGAAUGAAUGCAGGGAAAAAAUGAACGUGAAACAUAA